CGUCGUUUCCCUCUCUUUCAAACAACUUCCAUUUUACUGUAAAAUAAAACUGCUUUCUGAAUUCUGAACCCUCAGAAUCACCACAAAAACCACUCAAAAACCAUUUUCCCCAUUUUUUUCCCAUUGAAAAAUACAACAAUGGUGAAGCAAUUUCGAUUCCUCCUCAGAAAACCUCCACCCAUAAACACCACAAACCACUCAAAACCCACUUCAUUUUCUCUCUCCUCUUCCCUCUCUUCACUCCCAGAAAACAACAAUACACCCACACCCACCUCCCAAAACGACAUGGAAAAGCAAGAAUUGUUGCAGAAACUCCGAGAUUUUAUUCAGCAAUCGCAGUUUGAAGCUGCCCAUAAUCUCCUUAAACCCUUAAUUACAUCUAAAACCCUCUUUUCUUCUCCCUCUGAAUUCUGCUCUGCAUUUUCUCUCUCCAAUCCUUCGCUAAAUCGGAGUUUUUUAAGCUUGGUUUUCUCUCUUUGUGUUGAUUCUAAGCUCCCCAAUGAAGCAGUGGAGUUGCUUCAGAUUAUUAAAAAAGAUGAAGGUUAUUUUAGCAUGGAUGCAUUUGAUAAGUUAAUUAAUUGCCUAAUUUCUACUAAUCAGUUUGAUAAAGCACUUAAUUUGUUUGAUGAUGUUUUGAAUUCUGGAAUUAGGGUUACGAAAUUUGCUUAUAGUAAAGCAAUACAGGCGGCUGUGAAGCUUGGUGAUCUGGGUAGAGGUUUAGAGUUGUUAAAACUUAUGGAGGAGAGAAGAAUUGGUGUUAAUGUGUUUGUUUAUAAUGUUUUGAUUAGUGGGUUUUGUAAAGAGAAGAGGAUUAAGGAAGCACACCAACUGUUUGAUGAAAUGUCUCAAAGAAAUUUGGUUCCGAGUCCGGUUACAUACAAUACACUGAUUGAUGGGUAUUGUAAAGGUGGGAGUUUGGAGGAGGCUUUUAGUUUAAAGGAAAGGAUGAAGUUGGAGAAUAUAGCUCCUGAUCAGGUUACUUUCAAUUCGUUGCUUAAUGGGUUGUGUAAGACACAUAGGAUGGAGGGAGUGGAUAGGGUAUUGGAGGAGAUGAAAUCAUAUGGUUUCUUGCCUGACGCGUAUACGUACAGCAUUUUGUUGGAUGGUUACUUGAAGUGUGGUGAUCAAGAUACGAUGUUGGCUUGUUUGGAUGAAGUGAAUGCAAGAGGGAUUGAAAUUAGUGAAUAUACUAGUGCUAUUUGGGUGAAUAGUUUGUGCAAGGAAGGGGAGGUGGAAAAGGCUGAAAAGGUUUUGAAUAAGCUAGUUGAGAAUAAUCGUCCACCAAAUGAGGUAGCUUAUAAUACAAUCUUAAAUGGGUAUUGUGCAGCUGAUAACAUGGAAAAAGCCUUCUCUAUAUUGGAAAAGAUGGACUCUGUUGGUCUUAGACCAUCUUUUGUUACUUUUAAUUCUUUGAUAAAAAAGUUUUGUGAAUUAGGAAACAUGGAGGAGGCAGAGAAAUGGAUGGUAAAGAUGAAAGACAAGGGAGUUGCUCCCACCAGUGAGACGUAUAACAUUCUUAUUGAUGGUUAUGGUAGAAAUCACAUGAUUGAUAGGAGUUUUGAGGUGCUGGAAAGUAUGGAAAACCAUGGUCUGAAACCAAGUGUAAUUACUUAUGGCGCUCUUAUAAAUAGUCUCUGCAAAGAUGGUAAACUUCUCGAAGCUCAGAUUGCUUUGGGGGAUAUGGUGGGAAGAGGGGUUCUACCAAAUGCACAGAUAUAUAACAUGAUUAUUGCUGGUCAAUGCAAUGCAGGGAAAUUUCAGGCUGCCUUUGGGUUAUAUGAUGAGAUGCUAAGAAACAAUGUGGUUCCAACAUUAGUCACUUAUAACUCUCUUAUUAGUGGGUUAUGCAAGAAGGGAAAAUUACAGGAAGCUGAAUGUCUUCUUCCACAUAUUACUGGUAGAGAUUUGGCUCCUGAUGCAAUCACUUAUAAUUGUCUGAUUCUUGGGUACUCUGGUGCUGGAAAAUUUUCGAAGUCCUUAUCUUUGUAUGAAUCUAUGAAGAAAAUGGGCAUCAAACCAACCUUAAGCACCUACCAUACACUAAUUAGCGGAUGCAGCAAAGAAAGCUUGUUGCUAGUAGAUAAGAUAUAUAAAGAAAUGUUGGGUUUCAGUCUGUCUCCUGAUAGACUUGUAUAUAAUGCCCUUAUAUAUUCCUAUGUGGAGCAUGGAGACGUUGAAAAGGCACUCGCUAUGCACAAGGAGAUGACAAGUAAGGGGAUCGAGCUUGACAAGAUGACAUACAAUAGUUUGAUAAUGGGGCACCUUAAGAUGGGAGAGCAGAACAAAGUAAUGGGUCUUAUCAGUGAUAUGAAAGCUAGAGGAAUUCUUCUUAAAGCUGACACUUAUACCAUACUGAUUGAUGGACAUUGCAAGCUGAAAAAUGUUAGCGAGGCAUAUGCUUGGUAUAGAGAAAUGGUUGACAAGGGUUAUCUAUUGGCUGCCAGCAAAUGUAAUGAGCUUAUAAGUGGGCUUAAAGAAGAAGGAAAGCUGAAAGAGGUACGUAUAGUCUACUCAGAAAUGAGUGCGAAAGGAUUGGGUGAUUGUUUUAUUGAUGACGCUUUGUCUGCUGCUGCAAGCUGAUAACUGUAGCCUUGUAGGGAAGAUUGGUUGUCAGGGUGCAACCGACAGAGCAUGUAUAGAUUGUGUAACAUCAAAAUAACCUGGAGAACCACAAAUACAGAUAAGAGGAAGAUCCUUCCAUGUGAGGAUUGGGCAUCCAACUUUACAAGGAGCAAGAAUCGGGAGGGCCUCCAACCAACUAGGUCAACCUUGAUUUUUUGGGUAUUAAUCAUACUUAGAUGGACCCUUAGGAUUGAAGCAGCUCAAAUAACUUAGCUAAUCGGACUGAUCUUCGAAAUUCUGAUAAUUGGAGAUACAGAUUAUUUGCUGUUCAAACCUUCAUACAUGAAAAAACAUGUUGAUGGCUCAGAAACUGCUUCGAUUUUAUACCUGAUUAUGUAUGUUGAAGCUCAUGUAAAUUAUGCGAAUUGAGCUAUUUCACACCUUAGUAUGUAAAUGUAUACGUGCAUUCUUUUAUAUUUGAAAAUUGUAAAUCCA